AUGGCACCGGCUAAAAGGAAGAGAGGUGAUCGACAAUCUUUGGAUACCAGCGAUAGUAGGCCAUCUCCUCUUCGUCCACAAAAUAACAACGCUGGGCUUCACGAAAUGAGAGAUAACAUCAGGAGGUCGAAUCGUGGAGGACAAAAUAGCUACGGAGGAAGGGGCGGUCGUAGAAAUGAUAACUGGGAUCACUCUUAUCAAAUUAAUAUAAAGAACAGAGCGACUCCAACUCCAGGUCCAAUGUCACCACCUCAGCGACCAUUAAGUGCAAAUCAAACACCAGCUCCGACACCAACUCAAACACCAGCAAGUAUUACCGACCUAUUAGUUGUACCGAAAUCUAACCUAGCACCAUACGACUUUUCUUUUAUCACUGAUGAGCGCUUAGGAAAAUGGGAAUAUUCUGGACGCGAAGCAGUAGUAACACUUGGUAUCCAAGCUCGUCAAGAUGAGGAUACCACAGACCUUGGAAGUAUAUUUCAGGAACUUACCAGAGCAACACUUAAUGGACGACUUGACCCAGAUGUAGCUGGUAGCUGUGUACAAGAUAUAUUAGGGCCAGAUACCUCUGAUGAUCCAAGCUUAGCUUUUGAUGCACGUAACUUUUUCCUCGAUAUUCUAUCCAUGGUAUGUGAGGCUGAAGAGAAUCUCAAAAUUCCUUUUCUUCGAAUAUUUUCGGUCAGUACCGGAAUCUCACCUGUCACAAUGCGGCAGAAACUUGAUGGAAAGCUUCUUCAAGAUCUUGGCCUUACUCGCGAAACUUUUGGCCGAGUCGGCGUCAGGCAAGCUACAAAUCUCCUAUAUCGACAAGCAAAUUAUAACUUGCUUCGUGAAGAAACUGAAGGAUAUGCAAAACUUGUUGCAGAGCUUUUCACCACAAGUGAAAAUGAACGACCAUCAAGCGAGGCUGUUGAGGACGCAUUCGAAAGAAUGAAGGCUUUGAUUGGCACAUUUGACCUAGAUGUUGGCCGUGUUCUAGACAUCACACUCGAUAUCUUUGCCUCCAUUUUAAUAAAGCACUAUCGAUUCUUUAUCAAGCUCUUACGCGUCAGCUCAUGGUGGCCAAGAAAUUCACAGAUGGAAACAUUAAUGACAGAAUCUUGUGAUGGACUUCCAAAGUGGUGUCUACCCUCCUCUGUCGGCUUUAUGCCAACUGAAGAAGAUGAGCAAGCUUCAAGAAAUUUUAAGAGAAAAAGGGAUAAAAAUUUUUGGGCUAGAGCCCAUGAGAUUGGACUUGAUGCAUUUUUCGAACUUCGAGGAAUGCGAACAGUUGACGAUGAGACCAAAAACCGACUUACUGCUCAAAGACUAGCUGGAAAAAUCCUUGAGCCCGAUGAAGAGUGGAUGGCACUCACGGGAACUGUUCCUCCACCUGGAAACUAUGUGGCAGCUCAGCUACUUGGAUUCAAGUUGCGAUUUUAUACUUCCGAUGCCCGCGAUAGAGAAGACGUCCUUCCGCCUAACCUCAUGUAUCUAACGGCUCUUCUUAUCAAGAUUGGGUUCAUUUCCUUGGGAGACUUAUAUCCGCAUUUAUGGCCAUCUGACGAAGCCAUGCCAGCUGUCAGGGAAGCAAAGCGAAAAGAACUAGAGGAGAAAGAACGACUUAACAGACCAGGAGGAGGUAUGAAUGCGUUAACAAUGGCUGGGGCACUCCCAGAUGACACUCUCCCAUCUAACAGAAGUCGCGAGGCAACUACUUCAAAAAUCGAAGUAGUUCAUUCGGUGACCGAUUGCGAAGACAAAGAUACGCUCGACGAGCCUACAGACCAGAAGGUCUUGUUACUAGUUUGUUUAUUAACAAUAGGAGCAAUUCCAGAGGCAUUGUUUAUUCUUGGUCGAUUUCCAUGGCUUCCUGAAGCCUACCCUGAACUAAUUGAGCUGAUAAAUCGUAUCUUAAAUUAUUCUAUUUCUGAGGUCUAUGAAGCAAGUCGACCUAUCGGUUUUAAAGAGAGCGAAUGUCCCUCAAAGAAAGUCCCAGACUUCGAUCAGACUGGUAUGCCAAAAGGGGAACUAAAAGUUAGUACAUUACCACGACGAAAACAGUUACGAUGGCCAUUUCCUGAUAAAUUUGAUACCAACGAAAACCUUGCCUAUCGCUUUUAUUGGGAUGAAUGGAAUGAUAAUAUACCUGUUUGCCAAACUGUCGACGAUAUAUUCACAUUAUGUGGUACCUUUCUCAACAUCUCUGGCGUCAAUAUAGGGAAGGAUGCAGCCCUUUUAUCCAAACUUGCAAGAAUCGGCACGAAAAGCCUUGCAGAAGACUCGUCACAAAACAACCUUGAUCGUUGGCAGGAUCUCCUAAAGCGUCUCCUAGUUCCUGCUUUGAGUUUAACAAAGGCAAAUACCAGUCUUGGAAACGAAAUCUACGAUAUGCUAAGAUUCUACCCACUACCAAUCCGGUUUUCAAUUUAUGCAGAAUGGUUUGAAGGCCAGACAUCACGAAUUCCAGCAAUUAGGACAUCUUUUGCCCGAGCAAAACUCGAAACUCAGAGUAUCAUGAAAAGGAUAAGCCUCACAAACUUAACGCAAAUGGCUAAAUCUUUGGCAAAAACAGGAUAUGCCUGUCCGGGGAUUGUCUUUAAAAUUGCUCUUAACCAAAUUGAGGCUUAUACCAAUUUGACAGAGGUUGUAGUAGAAUGUACCAAAUACUUUACUGAUCUAGGAUAUGAUGUGUUGGUCUGGUCACUUUUGAGCUCCCUUGGUGGAAAGAGUAGGGAUCGAACUAAUGCCGAGUAUGCACUUUUACCUAGCCGAUGGCUACUGGCACUCUCAAGCUUCGCUGGGAAGGUUUACAGGAGAUAUGGAAUUAUGAAUUUGCUGCCUAUUAUUCAAUACGUCAAUGAUCAACUCUUUAGAGGAAAUGCCACCGAUCUUGUCAUUUUGAAGGAGCUUAUAUCCCAGAUGGCUGGGAUCGUCCCAGAUACAGACUACACAGACGCACAGCUGGUUGCUAUGACUGGUGGGGAGGCACUUCGACGUCAAACGCUUAUCUCCUUACAAGACAAACGUUUUGAAUCAACUAAAACUGCGAAAAGACUUAUGAGGUCCUUGACAGAAACAAAUAUUUCAGGAGAGCUACUAAUUCAGAUUGCACAGCAUCGCCAGUCUGCCAUAUACAAGAUUCCAGAAGAUAAAGCUCAUAUAAAGCUUUUAGCCACCAUGAUUGAUGAUACGCAGUCCAUCAUGUUCCAAUACCUUGAUCUUCUUCGAUGUAACCUAACUAAUGAGGAAUUUGACAAGCAAGUUCCUGAUAUCCCGCAGCUGUUAAAGGAAUUUGGCCUAGAGCCUGCACUCGCAUUCAUGAUCGGCCGCGGAAGUGUCGCUUAUCGAAUUUCGAGAAUUCCUUUCACCAAGACAAGUAUAAAUUCGGAAUCUAUAUCUUCGAAGGAACCUAUACCAAGUCUAGCAGAUUCGGAUGGUGACGUUGGUAUGAUGAAUGGAGAUCUACAUGCUCAGAAGACGUCAGCUCCUAACAAUGAAACUACAACAGAAGAUGUUAAAAUGGAUGAAGUAAAAGAGGCACUUGCUGCAGAGUCACCCCUGCCAGAAGAGGUGGUCCUGCCGUCAGAUUUAAUGCAGGGGAUUCUAGAGCCAAUACUAACCUCUGUCAAAAUGAUUAUUCCUGAGCACCUAUUUCGAGGAGUUACGCCUGAAUUCUACGUUACAUUCUGGAUAUCCACACUGGGCGAUUUUUCAAUUCCUAGCGCAAGCUAUGAAAGUAAAGUUCAAGAACUUCUCAACCAGGCUGCAGAGAUAGGUAAAGACAGGUCUGAUAUGACACGUCAAGGUAUGGCACGAAAAGAAGAGGUAAAGAAAACUCUCAACGUUGCACGAGAAGCAGUCCUAAAAGAGUUCGCAAAAGCUGUAUAUAGCUACCCACAUAAGAAGGCACGCUUUCUGAAACCCAAAGCGCUCUGGUUCAACUCGUCUGUCAAGGCCGACGAGAUGAGUGAUUUUCUUCUCGAAAAGUGCAUAAUUCCUCGUCUAUUACUAUCACCUAGUGAUGCAGAUUACUGCUUCAAGCUCAUCAAAUUGUUGCACGACAAUUGUGUACCGCAUUUUCGAACUCUUUCCCUCUAUGGCAGGAUAUUCAGAACUAAUCGUCUUCGAUCGUUAAUAUUUUCCUGCACAAUACGAGAAGCUGAAAAUCUGGGGAGAUUUCUUCGACUGUUGCUCACAGACCUUGCUCGAUGGCAUGCUGACUCGACCGUUUACGAAAAGGAGGCGUGGGGAUCGGCGAAAAAUCACCCGGGAUUUGCGAAGUCGUUGGACGCCGACGGGAAACCCAAAGCUUUACUCGAGCAUGACGGUAAUCCAGGGUUCAAACAUGUAUGCUUUGGAUGGCAGAAAACAUUAAAUACAGCACUCCGCGACUGUCUUGAUGGGACUGAAUGGAUGCACAUACGAAACGCGAUUACAAUUCUUAAGUCAGUUGUUGAAGUUUUCCCCGCUGUAGACUUUAUGGGGAAUUCUUUCAUUAAACAACUAGAAACUAUUGCUAAGCGUGAGCUUAAAGUGAGAGAAGAUCUAUCGCUGACUUCUAACGCUACUUUGGUACAACUCAAAAAAAGAUCGAAACGUUGGGUUAUGGUUCAGGCUUACGGGAAUAAUCUAGUUAGUUCAUCUCAGACAAACGGUACUAGCAUUUCUCCAGCUUUGACAAGCGAUAAAUCAAAUCUCAAGCCCAACGCUGCUGAAUUCAUACCAAUCUCUAGGGCCAGUUCCACUGGCAUUUCAGCUUCGAAAACAACGGUCGAAGUUGAGGACGGCGAAGUUGACGACUCCAGGAUUACGGCACAUCCAAAAGCAGCUACUUUUCAUCCAGCACCUCCAGACACCGAAAUGAUGGGAGCUUCUGUACCUGCCACAAUGGAGUCCAAGAAGUCUGAGAUCCUUGAUCGAAGAGAGCAAAUCAAACGUGAGAAUGCCGCAAAAGUAUCUACUCAGUCCAGCCCUCCGUUGGUACCUUUACGAUCAGAUCCCCUCCGAAGCUCUAUCCUUGAACGUACAAAUUCAUUCCUUCCAAAUCGUCCUGAUGCACCUUUUCCUACACGAGACUUGCUAGAGAGACAUCCAUCUCGCCAUGGUGAUCGAAGGGAGAUUAGAGACACUCGGAAUCCUGAUCAAAGAAUUUUAGAGCGACCAAACAGGCCAAUAGAAAGACCACGAGAAUUUUCUGGUGAGCGACGCAACAUAGAACCAACCUCAAGGGAAUUUAUUAGAUUAGAUCGUCUAGUCUCUGACCGUGAUCGAGCGAGACCUGAACAUUCAAGAUGGGCAGAAUCUUUACGUGACAAUUUCGAGAAACCUAAUAAUUCGCGUCCUGAAGUAGGUCGACAGUCCCGGGAAGCACCACCAACAAGAAUAUCCAUUCCCACCAUGGAACAUGGAAUGAUAACAAGUUCUGAUAGAGUUCUCAACACUGAAAGACAAGAGCUGAUAAAUCCCGAGAGAGCCGCUCUUAUAUCUGGUGAUAAGGAUAAUCCACACAUCUCUCCCAGGCGAGGAAGGGAUGAAGCAGAAAAAUUGACAUCUAGAUCUAAGUCCCCUAGAAGGCAUGCAGUUGAGAAAAACUAUGAGACAAGAUGGGAAGAUAGGUCUGCGCGAGCUACUCCUUCUGAAACAUAUAACAGUUCACGGAUACGAAACGAAGAAUGUCCACCACCCCCUGCAGGGCCUAGAAGCGAUAGGCCAACAGAUCGGGACCGUCCUAAUAAUAGUGAUAGGCCAAUCUUUCCUCCGCCAUCGCCCUUGGCAAAUUUUUUGCCGCCUGAUCAAUCUAGACUAAAUUUGAUCGUGAGACAACAAGCAGAUCCCAACUUUGGUCGCCUCAAUCCGGCACCACCAUCACCAGAUAUACCAUCAGGACCACGUGAUGCUUGGAGUCUCCGAGCUAGCCGUACCGGCAAUACUUCCAGACAAGAUACCAAAAUUCCUGGAGAGCCAGCCCGUUUACCCUCUCCUGAUCGACAGCCUCCAACUGGCCCUUCCGGAAUUCGUAAUCCUAGACGGAGUGAUUCAAGCGACCAGCUUGAUAUUACAGCUGCAGCUUCCGUCCCUCUACCCGUAACGCCAUCAACACUCUCUCCUAUCUCUGGAAUACACCCUGAUAGGCUCAAAUCACUCGGUAGUUCGAUUAUCCAACAUACCCCAACUCAUCAAAAUCUAUCUAUUCAUCCAGACCGUUUACGAGCUUUUGGUGAAUCCUCUGUACAGAACAAUUUAACUCCUGUCACCAAUAUAAGACCACAAGUACCGACUUCAUCAUCCCUUAGUUUUUCUUCUGGGUCCAAAGUAACACCACCAAGUCUCGGUGGACCAGGACCAAACGGAUCUAUACCUAAUUCACUUACAGCCCCUACUGGACCCGCCUCGGUAAAUGAACGUGCAUCACGUGGCACUCGCCGUCAACUUGCUGGAAUUAAUACGAUGUUACAACAAGCUGGUCAGCAAUUAAAUUCUGAUCGCCCGGUUGUCCGUGGUCGAGGAAGAAUUACAUCAGGUAUAAGUGGACCCGAGUCUUCUAUUGUAUCAACAGGCAAUGUGUCUACAAUUAUGCCAAGUUCACAGCCUUUCAAACCUGAGCCCAUGGUAGAUGUUGAGCGCGUGGACCUCAUAACUGGAAGUAACUCGAUGGAGGAAAAAGAGAGAGAUCGUAGUGGUAGACGAGAUCGCUCAGGACGUCAUAGUCGAAGAACCUCCAGAAGCCCUGGUCGAGAAAGGGAGAUAAAACGUGGUGUAGUCGAAGAAGAACGAGGGUACCGUGAGCGUAAUGAUAGAAGAGCUCUUGAUAGAGAUGCUGAAAGAGACACACGGCACAACACGAGGCUUCCAGGAGAAGAAUUAAUACAUGGUGCGAGAGAUCGUACUAGAGAGCGAAUCGCACGACGCGAUGGAAGAGAACGUGAUCCUGUAAGGGACCAGCAGGAUUUAAGCGACAAGGGGCGUGGUGGUGAUACUAGUCGCGCGGGUCGCACAAGAGACUUGAGAACAGGUGAAGAGCGCAGGGAUAGUCGAGGGGUAAGAGAGGAAGGUCGAAAAAGAUACAGCGAGGAAGGGAGCAUUGACUCCAGGAAACGAGUUCGACGGGUAUGA